AUGACGGAGCUGAUCGCGUGGGCAGAAGAGGCUCGGGGCGAGCGCCGGCUGGAGAUGUUGCGAUUCCUCUACGCUCAGCUGAAGUGCAUCCACUACGACAUGAUGCUGAAUGAGGCCGAAGUCAACCGGCGUUUGAACGACUGCAAAAUCAAUGUCUUGCAGGGCGAUGUGCUGACCGCGGACACUUAG